GCCACAAAAUGCCCCUCACAAAGCUGAAAAGGGGUUUCUGUUUUUCUGACAUGAAAAGUUAAAAUUAAAAAAGUAAAAUAGAUAUAAGGAAGAAUAAAGGAAAGGAAACUGUAGAAAAGAAUUCAUGAUAUACAUUUAUGUCCUAUUUAAUUAUAAUUUGUUUAAUUGAAUAAUUAUACUUAUCAGCUCUAACAACUUUCAUUUAGUUAAUCACACAUUCAUCAUCAAUUAUUUAUUACUUAUUUAUGUAUACAUUUAUUUAUACAUUUUAACUGGGUCUGCUUACUAUUCUCUUUACUAUGAAACAGCGCCCCCAAAAUCCCGCUUGUGGCCAUAAAUAUAUUACAUCUCUAUAUUUGUAUUUAGGAUUGAGUUUACUAACAUUAUUGUGAUGUAACUUUUUCCUGUUGAAGUGGUUUUACUGCCGGUCUGGAACCGCUCAUCUAUUGGUUGUUGAUUGUGUUACGUCACUGCGACUUGCGAUAAUAUCAAACACGUUUGAUUUGAUCGCAAACCAAAGACUAGGAAAAGACUGAUAAGAAACAGCGCCGAUUACUACCUUACACUUAACGAUCGGGAUGACGGGAGCGCGCUGUGACUCCAAAAAACUCCCAGACUGAAGGAUUACUCUUGAAGAAGUGGCCAACAUUGUGUUUUUAUUCUUUUCCUGCUCCUGAAAAGAAUACCCGCAGUGAUCAGACUGCUGAUGGAUCCGUGCGGCUUCUUGUAUCUGCUGGUCCUGUGUGCCCUCAAUAAGCUGCUUGUGGUGGCGAGCCCUGAAAAUGAUACCCAGGAGCACCUGAACCAUCGGGACAAGCAUCGUUCAACACAAAACCAAAUCGCCACAGCCCAGUACGAAUGCUUCCAGAGGAUUGUGAAAGAAUCGCACCGCAAAUCAAAACCCCUAGCAGGGCCUGUGUGCAACACCACGUGGGACGGGUGGCUGUGCUGGGAUGAAACUGAAGCUGGACGAACAGAGCAGAGCUGUCCAGACUACUAUGAAGAUUUUGAUACUCAUGCGAAGGCCUCUAAAGUCUGCACGGAGACAGGAGAGUGGGGACGCCAUCCAGAGAGCAACAGGAUAUGGACAAACUUCACAAACUGCCAAGCCAACACAACACACCAUGGGACAGCAGCGAUGACUCACUUCUACCUGGUGAUGAUUGGUCAUGGCCUGUCACUGGUGUCAUUGCUCAUAUCAUUAGGAAUAUUCUUCCAUUUUAAGAGUCUGAGCUGUCAGAGAAUAACACUCCACAAAAACCUCUUCUUCUCAUUCGUGCUGAACUCCACCAUCACUGUCGUCUGGCUCACGACGGCAGUAAAGAAACAGGGACACACCUAUCACGAUUCUGCGAGCUGUAAGCUGCUCAUGUUCAUCCACCUGUAUCUGCUGAGCUGUAACUACUUCUGGAUGCUCUGUGAGGGCAUCUACCUGCACACCCUGAUUGUUGUGGCAGUGUUUGCAGAAAAACAACAUCUUAUGUGGUAUUAUCUGCUGGGCUGGGGUUUUCCUCUUGUUCCUGCAGUGAUACAUUCAAUAGCACGCCACUUCUACUACAACGACAAAUGUUGGGUCAGCUCAGACACUUCCCUGUUGUACAUCAUCCACGGCCCAAUCUGUGCUGCAUUGGUGGUGAAUCUUUUCUUCCUGCUGAACAUCGUGCGGGUUCUCAUCACCAAGCUGAGAGUGACGCACCAGGCCGAGUCCAGCCUCUACAUGAGGGCCGUGAGAGCCACUCUCAUCCUCAUCCCUCUCCUCGGCAUCCAGUUCGUCCUGCUCGCAUACAAGCCCCAGAACCACUGGGUCCUCGAGAUCUACCUGUAUGUCAUGGAGAUCCUCAUGCAUUACCAGGGCCUGUUGGUUUCUACAAUAUUCUGCUUCUUCAACGGAGAGGUCCAGAGCGUCCUGCGGAGACACUGGAACCAGCAGCGGUGGCAGUUUGCCGGCACGUUCGCUAACGCCGACUUCUUCCGCUCCGCCUCCUACGUGGCGUCAUCGCUCACAGAAGUCCACCGCUGCUACAGCAUCGAGAGUCACACUGAGCACAUGAACGGCAAAAGCUACUCAGACAUAUUCAGAUCGGACAGUCCGUUUGUGUGAAGGUGGCACUCGAUGUUCUACACUUGUUCCUUUUUCGACGAAGAUUGAUGUCUUCUUGGAGUUUUACUACUGUUCGUGGCAACUGAGUACAGACUUUUCUAUUCCUGGAUAUUUUUCCUUCUUCAGUCACAAAAAGUCAUGUAUUUUUCUUUUUUCUUUACUUUUUUUCCACAAAUAUUACCAAAAAAGAAGGAGCGCAAGACCAAAGACACUGUUUCUUCCUCAUUAAUAUACAAUGAAUAUUCGAAGGGGCUGUUGCUGGACAUACGGAAGAGCCUCCAGGUCAGCAGACAUCACUGUGAAGCAUGCAGACAAGGAAUAAAUGCUUUUUACAU